AUGUUCGUCCGCAGCUGCCUGGUGAUUUCUCUGUCUGUCCUGUCGGCCGCAGAUGGGAACCUGCGUGCCUCCCAAAACACCUCGCAUCAAAACGCCUCGCAUGCCCAAAGAGACGGCGACCGGCUUGGCGAUUGGCGAUGGAACGCGACGGAGAUGGCAGCCGAGAACAUGUCGAAGGCGGGCUGGGCUGCGCCUCCCCGCGCGCAUGGCUUCAGGUUCAUGGCCACAUCGACCCGCUAUGGAACCAACCCACAUACCUCCUGCGGCCUCGACAGCGCGGCGCUGGUUCAAGGCACAGACUACCUGGCCGUGGCCAGUGCUCAAGCGAUGCAGGAUGGCUGCUGCUGGUGUAACCGCAAUGGCGGCGGGGGUGCGACG